AUGAAAGAACUAAUCCUAUUUAUAUUUUGUAUUCCUUUAUGUAAAUCCAUGGAAAUAGUUUAUAUGAAAAAAUCGCAAUUAGAUGAUCAAGCCAGCUCAGCUUCGGGAUACUCAUAUCAAGCAGUCUCUGGAAAUCCAGCUAUUUUUACUGCCUACUCUGCAGAUGACACCGAUUUUGAAAAAUAUAAGGACUCGGAUAAUUACAAAGAGUUCGUUAAUUUCGGUUAUCCUCCAAUUACAGUGGGAAAAUUCGUUGUUAAUAAUGGACCUCCGCAAUUGUUACCAUUGGAAAUUAUAAAACCUCAGCCCAUUUUAAUGGACUCGUAUGGACGACCUGUGACACAUCAAGACUACUCUGCUGGAUAUGAUAAUGGAAAUGUUUUGGUCAAUGACCAUUUACCGUCGACAAAGUACGAGGAAUACGAUUUGGAUAAGGAUAGUUCGAAAUAUCUCAAGGAACAUGGAAAUAGAUACAAUGGGGAACAGUUUUCUUCAAAGGGAGAAAAAGGACAAAGUGGAUACGAUAAUUAUGACGGUUUUGAAAAGGAGUUAAAGGGUCAGUAUGGAAAACAGGGAAAGAAAGCGUAUUACAAUGAAGAAGGGGGAGACAAAAAAGCCGACUACGAUGUAGCAAGCAACUAUGAAGACAAACACAAAUCGGUCAACGAAAACAAAGGAGAAUCGUUUAAACAGGCAAAAGGCCACAAAAAAGGAUCCAAGACGACCGGGAUUAACAUUUGUUUUUUGUUUGUGUCAAGGUUUCAUAAGGUUUAUCAUAAGGACGAAUACAAAAAAGAUCACAGUUUUUAUGAUGAGAGUGACGCAAAUGGAUAUUACAACAAGUAUGGGAAUUCGAAGGGAGAGCAUUCCAAAGAGAAUGGAGGGUAUCAUAGCGGAGGAAAAUAUUCAAAAGGAUAUAAAGAAUCGGAUUAUGGCAAAAAAGGAUUUUCUGAUAAGGGGCAAGAGGAGGAACAAUCAAAGGGAUACAGAGAGAAGAACGGCGAAGACAAGUACUAUGAUGACUCUUCAAAGUACAAAAACCAUCACGAUGAAGAUAAUGAAAAAGAUUAUGGAUAUGAUGAUAGAAAGUCCGAAUAUUACUAA